AUGGAGCGGUGGUUUUGGACUCUGGUGUGCUUUGUGUGAGGUGUCAGCUGAGGGAUUUACGGGGCCUCACCAGUUCACCUCCACCAAAAAAAGAUCCCUAGUAGUAGUAGGAUAUAGUGGAGAAAUUCUUCGACAGAACUGAAGAACUGAACGAGGAGAGACACCAAAGGAGGAGAGGCAUCUCUCAGGCAUGGAGCUCAAUCCGACCGAAGACUCUGUGAUCUCCGAGUUCGUGAUCGUUCAGAGAUGAAACAUAUAGUCCACUCUUUCUGUCAUGUGAGUGAACAAUUUAGCCCCCAAAAAUUUACUCUCUGAAACAUGGGUGACCUUCCCGAGCCAGAAGCUGCCAUGGCCGUGCCGGAGCCGUCGUCCAGCCUAGCACUCCGAGUCUUCUACCUGCGGGUGAGCAGGUGCGAGGUCGACGAGUCCAUGCUGGAUACUCUCGCCCUCACCCACACCCCGCUCACCCCUGACACCAUCCUGGACGUGAGCGGCGCCGAGCACCAGCCAGGCAUGGGCAAGGGCAACGGCAGCGUGUCCUUCUGCCUCCGCCGAGACCGCGUCGACAAGAGAUCGGGGGAAGCCACCUUCGUCUGCACGGCGACCGUCAGGGUGUCGGGCAGCGUGCGGUUCGAGGUCCAGAGCAAGGACGAGAGGAUCGUCGUCGGGAUCCUGGAGGCGUGCGACGUGGACAGCAAGGGCACCAAGAGCUGGGCGAUGAAGUGCCAGGCGGCGACGCAGCGCGGCUCGGGGUUCCUCAGGUGCGGCGGGGAGAAGAGGGACACGAAGCCGCCGGUGGUGGAGGUGUACGUUGCAGGCGUGUUCCGGGGCACGCCCGUCGUGUUCACCAAGGCCACGCAGCUGCGGUUCAGGCGGCGGCGGCAGGUGAGGGCGUUCAUGGACCCGAUCCCGGAGUGCCGCGAGCAGGUGGAAGAAACGCAUCACCCAGAGGAAUCGGGAUACCGGUGCUACAAGCCCGAUCCGAACUGGGACGACGACGACGUCGACGACGACAGCCUCUACAUGAGAUCCGACGGGACCGACGACGGCGAGGAGUACAGCGAGCUGUCAUGGUUCACCGCCGGCGUGAGGGUCGGCGUCGGCAUCAGCCUGGGCAUCUGCCUCGGCGUCGGCAUCGGCGCGGGCCUCGUGGUCCGUUCGUAUCAGUCCACCUCGAGGACCCUGAAGCGGCGCCUCAUCUCAAACCUGCUCUGAAACGACCACACUGUGAGCGCUUAUCCGGUGGUUCGAAAACUUUCCUACUGAUGAUGAUGAAAAAUAUAUGUAUGUAGAUGCUGCAACGUUGUGCGCUGUGCCGAAUGCAUUUGAUUUAUAGAUCGAGGAAAACAAUCUCUUCUCCCUGUAAACUGUUGAUACGGAGGUGUUGAGCACUAAAAAUGCCACCAGAAAGUCCGCGGUCCGGAUGAUCCGCGUUGCCAAU